AGCGCUUCACGUCUUCGGCCGCCGUUUGCUGUUGUUGUCGCCGACGUUGGUGGAACGACGCGCCCCGACGCCCUCGAUAGACGCUCCGUACGCCCGUCGCCUCCGAGUUUACGAGUCCCGAACGCCACCGGUUUGGCGGAGGCGCCCCCCGUGGUUUUGAGGUUAACUCCGCUACACUUGUCGGUUAAGAAGUUUAAUAUGUGUUGACAUUCAUGAAGGGGAUGCUUGCUGACUUUGUUUUUAAUUUUUUGUUCAUAGUUUUUGUCAAAGAAAUACUAUGCUUGAAAGAUGUACAACUAGACAUUCAGCCAAAUGUAGUAGAGUACGGUGGAUCGACUACCUUAAUAUGCACUUAUAAUCUACAGGGUGAACCAUUAUACACGGUGAAAUACUACCGUGGUAUCCACGAGUUUUAUAGAUAUACCCCAAAAGAACAUCCAAGUACCAAGAAAUUUCCGUUCGACGGAGUUCAUGUUGACGUGGAUACGUCAAAUGAACACCAGGUGGUGUUAAAGGAUAUCGGUUUCAGUCUCUCGGGGAAAUUUAGCUGUGAAGUUACCACCGACGGAUCCCAUUUCUCCACUCGCACUGUUACGAAGGAGAUGCUUGUAGUCGUAUUACCGACCAAUUCUCCCAGUCUCAACACGGAUAAAAGUUUUUACGAUAUAGGUGAUGUAUUAAGAGCAACUUGUACGUCGCCAGCUUCCAGACCGGCAGCAAAACUUACCUUCAUUUUAAAUAAUAUCGAGGUGUGCCAAACGUGCUUCAGGAACAGAACGCCCGAGGGCGAAUUAUACGCCAGCACAGUGUUCAUGGCCCUGCCACUGUUCGAGUCCCAUUUCAACAAUGGCCGCCUGACGCUCAAGUGUGUCGCCAGAAUUGGAGAUUUCUAUCAACAGGACACCGAGAUGACUUUCGACAAUCCCAGAGAUCCCGUUCCGGAAAGAGUUACCCUCUUCAGCUCUGCUACCAACCUGCGCAACAGAAGCUGUUUUCACCCAAUACUGCUCACGUUGAUACUACUUUAUCUGAAAUUAUAAAAAUGUGAUUUAUUUUAAAUAUGUAAGUAAUUAAGUACCUAUGUUAAUUUACGUAAUUAAAAAAUAGUGUAAUAUAUUCAAAUAAUUGUGAUCGUAAGAACUGCUACAAACAAAAAUGUCUAUUUGGAAUAAAAUCAAAACAGUUUUUACAUGAGUUUAAUAUUUUUAGCACUUAG